UUGCUGUGUAAGUUGCUCAUUGUCCUGAUUCUAUAAAUUUCCCGCUGUUCCUCUUUUACCAGAGCGGACCUUUCCCAAAUAAUCAACUUAUUGGCACCCCUUCUACUACCUGCUGCAAUCCACACUGAAAGUACAGAUUGGUGAAUCUCCCGAUUUUGCACAAUAUUGGGUCGUCAUGCCGACGAUCUCACGGAUUCCGGUCAGAACCUUGUUAUCCCAAUUCAGCAAACGUGGCGACGGGGAAAACAAAGGCGAGGAUAACAACGGUGGCAAAAGCCCGGUAGUCAUAGUGGGGCUUGUUGUAGCUGUCCUUACCCUCCUUGUCGGGAUCGUGUCUCUUCGAAGCUCACGAUUCCAUCGUUUGGUUUCCUGUUUAUUACCUUUGAGCAUCAUCAAAGUAUACCCACCUUCCCCUGCCCCCCUCAAUGUACAUUGCAUAUACAUUCUCACACUUACAACCCUGAACAGAAAAUCCUUGGACCAGCUCUUCUAGAUCCUGCGCCGACAGUCAGUACAGCCAGGGAGGACUCAAGCGCCAAUCCACUUCCCGAAACCUCUGUACCCACCCGUGUCUUUAUUUACAAUAACUAUUCCAAUGCUACUAUUAUUGGCACGAAUUCCGGCACCAUCUCAUACGGUAAUAGUGGCAUCGCCGGAGAAGCUAGUAGGGCGCCGCAAGCAGCGGGACGACAUAGGCCGACAGUCGCCGAGCGGUUUCCGUGGAGAUAGAUGCUUCCUGUGGGUCACGGAUCCCAACACACUCUGUGAUUUU